AUGCGUCUCCUCAACGUCCAUUCGAUGAAACUGGAAGAGUACUUUGGAUCUCAAAUCCCUCCUUAUGCAAUUCUCUCGCACACCUGGGGGGCCGAGGAGGUCACGUUUCAGGAUAUCAACGGCAAUUCAUGGCAGGAGAAAGCGGGGGCGCAAAAAAUCACGCUUUCGAGUCAGCAGGCUGGAAGAGAGAAGCUCGAUUAUGUAUGGAUAGAUACAUGCUGUAUCGAUAAGACGAGUAGUGCCGAAUUGUCUGAAGCUAUCAACUCCAUGUUUACCUGGUAUGAGAAUGCGGUCAUCUGCUUUGCAUACCUCUCGGACAUCAGUCUUGCUGAUUCCGCGAUCAAUUCGCCUGAAUUGGAUCUGGAGGAAACUCUCCGGAAAAGCAAAUGGUUCACUCGGGGCUGGACCUUACAGGAGCUCAUUGCACCCCGGAUUGUCCACUUCUACGACCAAAACUGGAAGGCCCUUGGCGACAAGAAUCAGCUUUCGGCUACCAUUUCCAGCAUAACGACUAUUGGGAAAGAUGUGCUUGCCAAUUCUACCUGUCGGGAUUCGGCGAGUAUCGCUAGAAAGAUGUCCUGGGCUGCAGGUAGAGAGACGACGCGGGUUGAAGACAUCGCUUACUCGCUCUUUGGGAUCUUUAAUGUCAAUAUGCCUUUAUUGUACGGCGAGGGGAAGCGGGCAUUCAUGCGACUCCAAGAAGAAAUUUUGAAGGAGACGGAUGAUCACUCGCUGUUCGCAUGGGACUUAGUGCCCUUGCCCGAUCACAAGACAUUCGACACCAAUGAGGACAAGUUUAUCAGCGUGCUAGCCGAAUCACCCAACAACUUCAAGACGGCGGCAAACAUCGUUCCUUUCCCGAAUAGUCCUGACGAUACCCCAUGCACGAUGACUAGUAGAGGCCUGCGCUUUGAUAUGCAUCGCUUAAUCUUGAAAAUCAGAGAAGGUCUACCGGGAGUAGACCUCGCAGGAUUGCGAUGUCAUUGGGCCGGUGACUUCUCCUGCGCUUGUGCAAUUGUCGUCGAAAGCGUCGGCUACAACAAAGUCUACAGACGAACCGCAAGAACAGGCAUCAUGACGAUAGACUCAACCUUCACAGAAGAGUACAAAGCAAUAAUGAAAUCCGACCCGAUAUACUUAGCGAAGAGUCCCGUAUUGAGCCACAAGACAAAGUCCUACAAGUUCGAAUUCCAACCGCCGCUUGCUCAAACUGGCUUCGAAAUCGUUGGGACAGCACCAGUUGAAGGCAUAUGGCAUAUCGAGAGUGACUCUCUACAGGUUAUCUUGGAGCAACAGAUAGCUGUUAAUGGCAUCGCCGUCGCCUUUUAUAACUUCGACGCCGAGGUGGGUUUCUCGGUGCGGCAUUUCCCACGUAUGCCCAAAACAGCAGCAACCGAUCCUGUUGGUCAUACUGAUCUCAUACGCCUCUGUUUCCUUGUAUGGAAGCCGUCGGGGAUGAACAAAGAAGAGUGGAUGACGAAGUGCAGUGAUCUAAGCUCACUUCCCAGUCUGGUCUUUUCACUUUCGAGCGAUGUCUCGCAGGAGAGCCGUCAGCAUCUUUUCGAUAUAACAGCUCCUAUAAGUUCGACGUGGAUCCUCAAUCAGCACGUUACAGAAAUAAAGGUGAAGAUUUUGAGGAAACCGUCGCACUUGUCUUUCAUGAGGAAGUGGCUCGGGGGUGUUUCCUUGGCAGGUUGA